GCACAUUUUCAAAUUGUCAGGGGAACUGUUUGGCAGUACGAACACAUUGACAAUAUUAACAGUUCACAAGCAACCAUGUCGCGGAUAUUCAGUUUGUCUUUUGUUUGCUACGCUGUCAUUCUGUAUACAACAUGCACAGUAGAUGCGGCUGUUCAAUUUCGGAAUUGCAAAAUUUACUUCUCGAACGAGGAACUGCCGGAAUUAGAAAAUGGUGACAGAUAUUGUUUCGAAAGUAAACAAGUUUUGAUCUGUCGAGAGUCCUCUUGCCCACAGCUAUCCUGUGAUAACCCACAACCACCAUCACUGUUUAGUAACUGCGCCUUUUGCCCUGGUGAGUGUGUCCAUGAUGGCAAUGUGUACUCUGUUGGAGAACGAUUUACACACAUGGAUGGCAUAAACUUCUGCUCAUGUUCAGCUGGCAACAGGAUCGCAUGUACUAGAAUGGGAAGAACUAGCGAGCACUUUCUGUGUAUGUAGCUUUUACAAGUCGAUGGAUCUUUUGAAAAGACAAUGAGAAAUUGCUAUUUGUACUUGUAAAAACUUUGUUCUACAUUUUAUUCAAGGAUUUAUCCCCGCCGACAACUUUAAGGAUAUUGCCUUCCACGAUAAUUAGAACACGGAAAUGAUUAUAUUUUAUAGUCCUUAUAAGUAACUAAUAGUAUUUUCGUCCAUUGGAAAACAAUGAUGUUUUUGGAAUGGAGCGGGCAUCAAAUCAUGUGCGUAUAACAAUAUCUAUUUUUGAAUAAUAUUUUUCCUGGCGGACAAAUAAAUAAUGCCAACAUGGACUCCAA